AUGUUCAUGAGGCGGCUCCUGUAUCAAGUUGUAAUCGGCGUAGAUGACCCCAAGGAUAAGAAAUAUUCUUCUUUGCAUUUCUUUCUUCAUUCCGCAGUUCCAAUAUAUGACAUUUCAUAUCAUAAAAGUGAUGAGUGUUUGUCCCAUUCGCAUAUCAAGUAUUUGAAGUCUCUCAUCUCUACAAGCCUGAAGGUAGCUUCUUGCGCACCCGGUCUCAUGGAAACUGAACAAGUGACAGGAAAUUCGCAUUUUGGAGUAUACUGCCAACCUUUGACUAUGGUUCGUUUUUAUUUACGCCGUGUGGCAUGAAAUUUUUGCGGGUUCUAAUUUUUGCGGUUUUUCCAGCGAUCCGGAAAAAUAGGUUCCGGCAAAAAAAAAUUGCCAACGUAAGAUUCUCUAACUUAAACUCGCUACACAAUAAUACAGCACUAAGAAAUCGUUUCUGUUUAAUCACAGCUUGUCUCUUUCAUUCAGAAACAACGAAAUACUGGUUUAUUGCUUCAAAAUAUGUAUCUCUAUUGCACGUACUCAAUAAAAACGAAAAUAUUUAUAUCAAUACUGGGUACUGGGUACUUUGUGAAAAUCGCAAAAAUUAAUUCUCGGCAGGAAAAACCAAUCUGCCCUUAUCGCAAAAACUUAUUCCGCCAAAAAUUUCGUGCCACACGGUAGUCUAUAAGAGCAGUGACUAAUAAAGGCACUCAUGCAAUAGGGUGCUGAUCGGGGGCUGAAGAUGAAUGUUGAGUAAGGCUCUAUUUUCGUUUCUCUUGGUAAAUGUAUUUCCGGGAGUAAGGCUAAAAUCGUCGACACGUACCUAAGAGGGAAUGUGCUAAAAUUUAGCCUGAACACAUGGUUAAUAUGCCCUGACAAAAUCCCGUUUAGACGCAUUCAAGGCUAUUUUGGACGGAAACGGAAGCGGAAGUUUGAAGUUGGACUUAGCGAUGGGCAAAUUUGGGCAAGUUUCCUCACAAAUGAUGUGUUAAAAUUUCUCUCCCAAUCAUCGCAUAACUCUCAAACUUGGGCUUCUUGGAAAUUAGUUGCGAAUUGUCUUUUUCACAUUCCUUUUCACAGGAGUCUCUUAAAAGUUUAUGAAAAGUCAUGGUGUUAAGACUUACGUGACGCCUUCUUUGGCAGGACGCCAAGGUACAGCAGCUGCGAGUAAACUGGUGCGAGAAGAACAAAGAUAG